CAGGUCUGAGUGCUUGUACAUGUUACGGGUACAGCGGGAAAGUAAAUGUAGCAUGGCCGUCAACCACUUUCAAUAUGGAUUUUUGCUGCUUUGAAGCACCACGUGGGCAUAAGUGCAGAGAGGUCUGUGGAUCGCCAGGCCUUCUACCAUGCCUGUCCCCCCACCCCUCAAUCCCCGCAGACAAAAACACCUGCCCCACACACACCUCCAUACGGAACAACGGGCAGAAAGUUCCACCAUCCCGUCCCUCUCCCCUCCAUCCAUCCUCUCUCUCUCUCUUCUUCCCCCUCUUCUCGUCUCAUCUUUCUCCUCCUCAUCCCAUCUCUUCCACUGCGCCUGCCCCAGAGCCACAAAAAGAACCCUCCCGGACUCUGGUGCUCUCCCGGCGUUUCACUGGCUGACUCUGGUCACAUGCUGCCUGCUUCCGUCUCUGAUUGGAGCAGGGGAGACGUGGGGCGUGGUCUCUGCCUGUCCCUUCCACUGCGUGUGUCGGAAUCUUUCUGAGUCACUCAGCACGCUGUGCGCUGACAAAGGCCUCCUGUUUGUUCCCCCACACGUUGACCGGCGCACUGUGGAGCUUCGACUGGCAGAUAACUUCAUCACAGAAGUCAGUGGGAUGGACUUUGUCAACAUGACGGGACUGGUUGAUUUGACUUUGUCCAGGAAUACCAUCAACCUGAUCAAACCCAUGGCCUUCGCUGACCUGGAGAGCUUACGAUCACUUCAUCUGGAUGGCAAUCGCCUGACAAUAAUUGGACCCAGGGACCUCGCAGGCUUGGCCAAUCUGCAACACCUGAUCAUCAACAACAACCAGCUGGUCAAAGUCUCGGUCCAGGCCUUCGACGACUUCUUGCUCACACUGGAAGACCUCGACAUGUCCUACAAUAACCUCAGGAGGGUACCAUGGGAGUCCAUACAGAACAUGGCCAGUCUGCACACACUAAACCUGGACCAUAACUUGAUCGACCAUAUUGCUGAAGGAGUCUUCGGAGAGCUGUAUAAGCUCGCAAGGCUGGAUAUGACCUCUAACAGGCUGAGAACCCUGCCUCCUGAUCCCCUCUUUGCAAGGUCCCAAACAGGUGCAAUAAGUCCCACCCCCUACAACGCUGUCAUAAGCUUGAAUUUUGGAGGGAAUCCGCUCCACUGCAACUGUGAGCUGCUAUGGCUACGACGGCUGAUUCGUGGAGACGACAUGGAAACUUGUGCCACACCUCCUCACCUGGCUGGAAGGUAUUUCUGGUCAAUCCCAGAGGAGGAGUUUACGUGUGAACCCCCUCUCAUCACCCGCCACACUCAUAAGCUGUGGGUGCUGGAGGGCCAGCGAGCGACACUGAAAUGCCGUUCCAUUGGGGACCCUGAGCCAGUGGUCCACUGGGUUUCACCAGAUGACCGAAUCAUUGCGAAUUCAUCCCGGACCAGCUCCUUCAGCAACGGCACCUUGGAUAUGUUAGUUACAGUUGCUCGGGAUGAUGGGGCUUACACAUGUAUCGCAAUAAACGCAGCUGGUGAAGCGACUGCCACUGUAGAUCUGAAAAUAAUCCCCUUGCCUCAUCGGGGCGGAACAGGUGGAAACACAGGGAAUAACAACGUGAACACUAAAAACAACAGGAACGUGACAAAUGGGAUUUUACGGACAGAUCCAGGCUCUUCGGAUAUCAGCACGGGGAAAAAUGGAGGGAUUAACAAUGGUGCAGGACGUGGGGGAGAGGUGGAGGAUGGUAAAAGAGGUGGAGGCGAGGAUGAGGAGGACGAUGGUAGCAGGGUCCCGGAAGGGGCUGAUGGAGGGAGCAUGGAGGUUGCUGAGGAGGAGGAUGAGGAAGGGAGGAUGGUUGGAGUACAAGGAGUUACUUCAACAUCUGCACAAGUCCGAUGGGAUUUGGGGCGUUUGUCUGCUGCUUAUGUUGUCUGGAUGUAUCAGAUACAAUACAACUGCACCGCCGACGACACCCUCAUCUACAGAAUUCUCCCAUCGACCAGCGAUCGCUUCCUGCUGAAGAACCUGGUUGCUGGUGUGGACUAUAACCUGUGUGUGUUGGCCAUCUUUGAUGACACAAUCACAUCCCUAGCGGCGACUAAAGUUCUGGGCUGCACCACCUUCUCCACCAAGGAUGUUUACCCAGCAUGCCGCUCUCUUCAAGCCCAUUUCCUGGGUGGCACACUCACCAUAUUGGUUGGCGGUGUGGUUGUCGUCACUCUACUUGUGUUCACUGUGGCGCUCAUGGUGCGCCAUCGUGUUUGCAACCAUGGGGACCAUAUGAUAUGCCACAGCGGCAACACUGAGGCAGGAGGCGGGGCCUGCUGUCAGGGGGGAGGAUUAGGAGGGGACAAAGGGGGCAAUGGCACUGGGUGCUACCAAUCCAAUGGAUCGGGGGACAUGAUGAUGGUGGUCCUGCCCAAUGGUCUGCCUUCUAAAAGAGGAGGGGAGAAGGACAGGGAAAAGGAGAAGGAGAAAGAAGCAACUGAUUCAGCUUCCUCUCUGCCUCCCAAACUCCCUCCAAAACCCAGACCCAAGCCUAAAGUCAACCUGGAGCAGUUUCUUUCAGCUGGGGGCGUGGUUUCCACAACAACAGGGGCAGGAAGUGAGAUGGCGUUGGUGGUGAGGCAAAGGAAGCUGGACAAGGUGCCACCAUACUCUCUUGAAAGUGACAGAACUCCCCUUUACUACUCCCCUUCCCCUCCUUCCACCCUGCCCCGUCAGUCACACUCCCGCCCUAACCCCCGUCUGGAGCGAGAACUGACUAAUCGUGCCAGUUUCUCUCUGGCUGCGCCCCUGAGAGACUCAGAGAUGUUGGACUGGAGAAUCCCCCCUCGCGGCAGGGACAAAUGGAAAUCCUCACAGGCUUAUCUGAGCCCUGUAUCCCCUCUAAGCCCUGCUUGUGGGACUGUUAGCAAAAGGCGGCACUCGCUGGAUAUGGGCUCCUCCGUUGCCCUCGCAACUGAUGCCGCAGCUUCUGUUGCCAAGCACUACGGCGCCGUCAGCUACGCCAAGCGGCUGAGCGUGAUCUGGACGAGGCGUAGCCAGUCACUCCAUGGAAUGCUGGUUCAGUGCGCUUCAACGACAAGCACGGCAUCUUCGACGACUAGCGACGAGGCGGAAAGUGCUGGGGGUUAUGGAUUCCAACGGGGAUACAUCCACGCUUAUAACACCACCAACUCCAACUCUAACACUGGGAUCACUGGGAAAGCUAGCAGUGUAAAAGAGAGGGGGAGGGAUAAAGGGAAGGAUGGAAGGAGUGCUGAAGAAUUGGAGGAAAGUGUUGUGUAGAGGGUAGACCAAUGGAAUAAAGCUAAGAGGGAGGAAGGUUGUACGAUAGGAUAGAAAGAUUGGGAUCUUGAAUGGAGAAUGACGAACAGGUGGAUUGGGAGAAAGCCUAGGGAGCAGGGAAGAGAAGAUGAAGUGGUUGCAGAUGAGGAGGAGUAGGUUGUGAGUUCAGAGGGUGGGAGAAAGAUAAAAUUGACUUGAGUCUCACUUGAGCAGCUCCUUGAUAUGCCAUGGGAGAAGUCAAGAAAAAUGGAGAGGAGAGGGGGAAGUGAACCUAAAAGCGAGGUGAAGAUUUUUAAGAGGCUCUUUAUAGCUGACCUGAAGAGUGAUGGGCGUAAUACAAGAGGGGAGAGAAAGAGUGGGAGAAACAUAACUGGUGACAGUUUUAAAACGGCCAUUAAAUACUCAAGGCUGAGCUAGAGCUGUAUCAGUAAAAAUGGGCGAUGGGAGGUAGAAAACAAAGUAGCAACACACAAACAAAACUCAGAAAAAAAACAGAGUGACAGUUGUAAGAAGAGACAAUGUGAGUGAUAUUUAUAGUCAUAGAGGGAAAGAUGUAAUCAAAGUGGGAAAACAUCAAGAAAGAAGCAGAACAAAGGAUACAGAGCGGUGAUGGAGAUGGCGUGAGCUCAGCGUGGAUCUCAGUAAAGCCUUUACAUUAAUGGAAGCAGACUCUUGCUAACACUUCAAGUCUCCAGGGCCUCAGCCCCCACAACAACAGAAGGGUUUACACUGAAUCAAAAAUAACAACACAACCCGUAAUACUGGAGAGACACUCUCCUCUGACAAAAAUACAAUGGUAAAUAGAUUUGGAUGACAAAAUCCAGCUUUGUUAUCCUGUUUCUUGACUCCAAUAGUGACGACCAUUUUCAAACUCUUUUUCCAAAACACAAUGAAUGUGACUUUUAUGUGUCCUCUGCGGCUGGACAAUGAUUUUGGCUCGGCCUGCCUGCGGAUUAUGGGAGCAUAAAUACAGAGCCGGGUGCAUUGGACAUGAUCAAUCGAUACGGGCUGGAAAGAGCGAGUGGAGCACAGACAUUAUUAAAAGAAAGACACUGGGAUUACAAAGGAGUCGAUAUGGAUUACAAAAUGGAGGAGACGGCCGUGUAUGAUGGAACAUGUACGCUUGUGCAUUUCUGAAGGACAAGAUAAUAUUGGAUGUCGAAUGAUAAUGGGCCUAACAAGUGAAUAAUGAUAAUGGCUGCAUACGUGUGCAUGCAUUGAUGGAUCAGGGACAGGAUGUGUGAAUGUUAGUGUGUGUGUGUUUAUGUGUGUGCACAUGUAUAUGACUGUUUGUGAGGGGCAAUCCCGUCAACCAGACUCCAUUUGUGUUUUGGCGCUUUCUGGAUAUGCUGGAAAAAAAAAAUACAAAAUUUGACGCUAAGUGGUGCUCAUAAGUCCACUAGAGGUUAAAUAAGGGAAGUGUUUGGAGACAUCUACAACUAAACGAGAUUCAAUCACGUUUCAGCUAUUUCCAUGGUCAGAAAGCAGCAGCCUUCAAAGGGAAGUCCUCAUCUCACGUUUACUUUUUGUGACUUCAGACUCUUUUGUGCCACAUGGAUUCACUUUAAAUCCAAACAGUGAAUGUUUUCAGAAAGGAAGCAGUUAAAGAAUGACAGUACCACUAUGGAAGCCACUGACAUUAACUCUUCAAUGACUUUGUACAACUAAUGCUGGGACUACUGUUCCACUGGCAAAGACCAGAGACUCUUAAAAACUUCUGUCCAAGAGAAAAAAAGAAAAGAGAAAACUUGAAAGUACAUAUAUAUAGUAUAUAUAUAUAAAAUGAUGUUACUUGUCGCACCAUGUGUUACUGUUUUUCAAAGUUUUUCGGGGAAUGAUGUUAGGAUCAAAGACAAAAUAUAAAAUGUGUGAUUUUUUGUUUUAGACAAAAGAUCGUCAUGAUUAGAACAGAAAAAUGUCAACUACAACGAGGCAGAAAAAAAAACACACCGCACAAAACACACAAACUGGCAAGCACAGAACCCCAAAACAGACACACAAACAGAUGCCUAUAAAACAGAGCCAAUUACAUCAAUAAUGACUUUUAACCAUUACUGUUGUUUCCUUUCUGUUUUUAUUUCAUUUGCCAAAGUCAAUAUUGUUCUCUGGACUUGAUAUAAAUAAUAAAAUUACAUGUAUGGAAAA